AUGGCUAAACAAUCCUUAGAUGUUUCCAGUGACAGAAGAAAGGCUAGAAAGGCUUACUUUAAUGCUCCAUCAUCUGAACGUCGUUCCAUCAUGUCUGCCUCUUUGUCUAAAGAGUUGAGAGAACAAUUUGGCGUUAGAUCAUUACCAAUCAGAAAGGAUGAUGAAGUUUUAGUUGUCCGUGGUUCUAAGAAAGGCCAAGAAGGUAAAGUUUCUUCUGUUUACAGAUUGAAAUAUGCCAUUCAAGUUGACAAAUUGACCAAGGAAAAAUCCAAUGGUGCUUCUAUUCCAAUUAACAUUAAUGCUUCUAAGGUUGUCAUUACCAAGUUACACUUGGAUAAGGACAGAAAGGCUUUGAUUACUAGAAAGGGUGGUAAGGCUGAAUAG